GAUCUGAUUGGCUGAAGGAGUUGUCAAUCAGGGUGUCCUUGCCGCCCACUUCCGCCCAGCUUCAGAGGCAGUGCACUCUUCGAUUGUUUAUGUCACUAGCGCUUUAAUUUGACCUUAAUUCACAGGUAGUGUGUUUGGCUGUCUGUGAUGCUUGGAGAGAGGCUGGGCUGCAGGGACAGGCCGAUGGUGGAAACAUGGCUUCUGAGUAACGCUUAGUUACUUUUUCUGCUCAGUAUGAACAGCGAGGAGGAGUUUUACGACGCUGAGACAGGGCUGGAGUCAGAUGAUUCCUGUGAGGUCAGUUUUAAAGAUGCCCUGGUGUUUGACAGCAAGCAGGUGACCGACGGCAGCACCACACAGGAGAAUGGGGUGUGGGAGCGCAGGAAAACCCUGCCUGCUGAAAUGAUCUCCAGAAACAAUUUCAGUGUGUGGAGUAUACUGAAGAAAUGCAUCGGCAUGGAGCUGUCCAAAAUAGCCAUGCCAGUUGUGUUUAAUGAGCCGCUGAGCUUUCUCCAGAGGAUCUCAGAGUACAUGGAACACACUCACCUUAUCCACCAAGCCUGCAGUUUAUCAGACUCCAUAGACCGCAUGCAGGUUGUUGCGGCAUUUGCUGUUUCAGCUGUAGCAUCACAAUGGGAAAGGACUGGAAAGCCAUUUAAUCCUUUACUGGGGGAGACAUUUGAACUCAUAAGGGAGGAUGACGGAUACAGAUUGAUCUCGGAGCAGGUGAGCCACCACCCCCCUAUCAGUGCCUUCCAUGCUCAGUCUCUGAAGCAAGAGUUUGAGUUUCAUGGCUCCAUCUACCCGAAACUCAAGUUCUGGGGCAAAAGUGUGGAGGCUGAGCCCAAAGGCACCAUGACACUGGAGUUACUGAAACAUAAAGAAGCGUACACGUGGACAAAUCCGUUGUGCUGUGUACAUAACAUCAUCCUGGGGAAACUCUGGAUUGAGCAGUAUGGAACUGUGGAGAUAGUCAACCACAGCACGGGGGAUAAGUGUGUGUUGAACUUCAAACCAUGUGGGAUGUUUGGGAAAGAGCUGCACAAAGUAGAAGGUUAUAUUCAAGACAAAAGUAAGAAGAAGCGGCGAGUGAUCUAUGGGAAGUGGACAGAGUGCAUGUACAGCGUGGACCCCAAGGUUUAUGAAACAUACAAGAAGUCAGACAAGAAGACGGGAGGAGACUUGAAGAAGCCCAAACAGGAACAUAGUUGUGAAGGUGAGGAAGCAGAUGAGAUGCCAGAAGUUCAAGAGACUGUGACUGUGAUACCAGGAAGUGCCUUACUGUGGAGGAUAACGCCGCGGCCUACUCACUCAGCACAGAUGUAUAACUUCACCAGCUUUGCCAUGACACUAAAUGAGCUGGAGCCCAGUAUGGAUAGACUGAUGGCACCGACAGACUGCCGGCUGAGGCCCGACAUCAGAGCCAUGGAAAAUGGAGACAUAGAGACGGCAAGUACAGAGAAGGAGCGGUUAGAGGAGAAACAAAGGGCCGCACGCCGGGAACGCUCCAUGGAUGAGGAGGACUGGUCAACCAGGUGGUUCCAGCUGGGAACAAACCCCCACACAGGAGCUGAGGAUUGGCUGUACACAGGUGGAUACUUUGACAGGAAUUACACUGACUGUCCCAACAUUUAUUGACACAGGAGGUGCUCAGUGUGAAGAUCUCCUCACUGAUAGGAUUUACUCUGUUUCUCUCAGCAUCUAAGAUUUGUGUCUUUGUGACAUCCAGACGCUCAGUGGUACUGUGUCUUUGUUUGAAUCAAUGAAAAGCUGAUAUCAAAAAUGUGAUCAGACAGUUUAUCAGAUUAUCUGCAAUUGACUGUGAACGUUGUCCACAGGAAAAGAAAAAAAAAUAUUAAGGAGAAUUUUAGAGUUUACUUACUGUAAAUGUUGAGCAUCAAACAUCUUCAUCUUUAUAUUCCCUAGUCAUAUUCUGAUGUUGACAAUAAUCCACAUGUAUGUAACUCACCUGUUGAGGGUUUUAAACCAGUCACCUGUGUGAUCCCUGCGGUGCUGCUGCAGGUCACAAAGCUCAGACUUCUAAAGGAUAUAUUUUCAGGUUUAGUUCAGGUACUCAACCAUAGCCUCACCUGUAGACACUCCACACACUUCUGUCAAGUUGCAUUCAGAUAUCAGGGGUUAUUUAAACACAUCUGCUACUUUUAUAUAUAACCUAUUUGAAUAUUAGAUGUCUAUUUUAGUUAGCACUAAACGUCCCUAAAACAUCACAAGUGUGAUAAUUUUCUGUGAAUAGAGACAUACAGUAGAAACAAAAGCUGCUUACAACCAUGUUUACUGCCACAGUAAACAGAAAUUGUUGGUGCAUUAUAUUGUUGUCCGCUGUAACAUAGUUAAUGUGUAUAAUAACUGGUGCAUGCAUGGUCACCAAGAUGAUUAUUUACACACUUUAAAGCCAUAAAAACAACUUCUUCUGCACUGAGUAUAGUAGGAUACUGUAAUAAUGUAUUCACAUAAAACUUUAAAGCAAAGGCAUACAGAGCGUAUUGGUUUAAAGCAGGGGUUUUCAAAGUCCGACACUGUGGGCUCCACCACCUGACAAUUGUUGAUCUUUUUGUCUAGAUGUUCACAGGGUCUCAACGCAGUCAAUACCUGCAGAUGAAUGGAUAGAGGAGAGUGUCCGUGUUCCCAGAAUAUAAAAACCACGUUGAUGGGACGUUCUGAGCCUCAGUACUGUCGAAAAAUAUCAAGACAGACAAGAAAUAUAAUGUUGCCAAGGAAACAGUUAGUUACCUAUGGCCGACAACUUGAACACCAUUUUUUUGUUUACAUUUGGCAAAUUGGCCUCAUUAAAUUUAUGCUGAAUUAUAUAUUAACAGUUCCUUUUCGCAAUUUACCCAUGGAUGUACAAACACCUAUCAAUGGUUUAGUUUGAUACGGAAGAACACUUAAAAAUGUGAUGAUUCUGAGGCAAAUUCUGGGGUUAUAAUUCUGUCAUUUCUAAUCUGACUUUUGGAUGUUUAUUCAAAAUUGAAGAAAUGACACAUGAUAUUCUCGGGAAGUGUCAGAUCAGAUUUGACUGCGUUGACUGGGUCCCUUUGUGGAGGUGCACUUUGAAAAUCUCUGGUUUAAAUAGAAAGCUGUGUCAUAUUGACUCCUGAUUAUAGCUACUGUCUUCACAUGUGGACAAGUAACUCUGACUGGAGUAUCCAGUUUGAAUUCCUUGGUCAUUUUUCAAUAAAUCAAAGUUGUGUUUUUGGAUACAGCAGGAACGAAUAAGACAGGACACUGAAGGCACCAUGAACCUAUGCAAACUGAUCCAUCCAGUCUGCCCUCCUAAAAUGUGAAAAAUAAAAUAAAACACUUAAUUUUUCUUUAGCUAGUAGCCAAUGUGUGCUUCAGACGCUACAGAGGCAGCGGCUAAUGAAUGUUGUGCUGAUGAUAUGAUGCUCACAUACAAACUGUUCAGCCGUGUGGUUAUUAGACAGUGUAGAGAUGUUCCUUCUUGUUUCUGAGCACUAACCUUGCAUUAAACUGCACAUUUGACCGCUCACAGUCCUAUGCACAUAUUGUAUCGUGAAAUGUCCAACAUCAUGUCUUCCCCCAGCUGCUCUCAACUUUACUCUGAAUUCAAAGCACUUUGUGACGCCUGCAGACACCUAAAGGUGCAGGUUCAGUCUGAUGGUUCCUUUGAUCUCAUACUCUUUACGCCCUUCUCUGUCUGUCUAGCAUCCAUUUGAAAAUGUUUACAUUGUAUGUUCAUUGAUCUGUUUUUCCUCCUCCUCAUACUGUUAUCCACACAUAACCAUAUGCAUACAAGGUAUAUUUAAGAAAUAAAUUAUGGACUAUUGAAAUUACA